AUUGAGGUUAUCUCUUGCGAGUGGUGGUAUUAAUUUAUUUUUUAUUAAUCUAUGUGAAAUAUUAAAAUGAGUAAGAAGUUAUACAAUCUAAAAUGGCAGUCUGUAGCAUUAGAAGGGUUUCCGGUAUCUAUGUCCGACAAAUUCCAAGGAUUUGUGGGCUUAGAAGAGUGCACCAGUUAUGGUUUGGAUAAAGAACUAAAAUCGCGUAAAAAGAAAAAACAGACAAAAAAGAGGAGAAAUGAGGAUACAGAAAUAUCAGAUGUAGCUCCUAAAAGGGUGAAAAAAGAUAAAAAGAAAGAGAUAGCACCUAAAGCACCUGUAAAACUUAGCAAUGGAUUCAUCGUAGAAUCAUGCAAUGUGACUAAACCUUCCACAACUAACGAGGUACAACCAGAAAAAAAUAAAACAAAGAAGCAGAGAAGGAAAAAUAAGAAAAACAAAAAGAAAACUCCAGAAAACCCAGAAGAAAACCCAAAAGAAGUCAAAAAUAAAUCUCCAAAGAAAAAUAAUAGUAAUAAUAAAAAAUCAAAGCCCAAAUUAGGAGAGAAUAUGUCAGAAACUGUGUCAGACCUGACACCAGAAGACAUGCUGACUUGGGCAGAGUUCAAAUUGCCAGAACCAAUAAUGAAGGCCCUAACAGAACUAGGCUUUAAAAAACCAACAAAGAUACAAGAGCUAUCAUUGCCUGCUGCUAUACAUGGGCGUAGGGAUAUUCUAGGAGCAGCUGAAACAGGCAGCGGAAAAACUCUAGCUUUCGGCCUUCCUAUACUAACUGGAAUCAUAAGACUGAAGGAAAAGGCAGAACUGAAGGGCCUAGACGUCUAUGACAUCCCCUACAAAAAGACCUCAAUGAAAAGGAAAUAUAUAAAACCUGAACCUGUAAAGAAAAAGGGAAAAGUUAAUAAGAAGAAGCAAGAGAAAAGAACAGAACAGAAAGCAAAAGAGUCUUCUGAAGAUGGCUAUGGUUCUGAUGAAGAGAAUUCUGAUUCAGAACAAGAAGAAAACAAAACAUCUGAAAUAGCUAAAAAGUGUGCACCUGUAAAUAAAUCUAAAAAUGAAACUUCUAGAAAAGUUAAGCCAACUAAAAAUGUUAAGAAAUCUAAUGACAAUGUUAAAGAGGAUGAUGACUAUGUAGAAGAAAUUGUAGUACCAAUAAAACGUAAAGAAACUUCAGCAGAUGAAGGUAAUGACAGUGAUGACAGCUCCAACUACAUCCAUCUCUCAGAAAUGUUUGAUUCAGACGAUUUGGCUGCCUCUAGUGAUGACGAAAAUGAUAAAACUGUGUCCGAAACAGAAAACAAAGAAACAGAUAAUAGUGACACUGAAAGUGCUGAUGAAUCUAAUUCUGAGAACAGCAAUGAUGAGACUCAGGACGAAAUUGAUGAAGAUAGUGAUGAGGAAAGUCAGAGCGAAAUUAAUGAUGAUGAAGAAGAAUCUGUGGAUGAGAGUGAAGACGAUGAUGAUGACGAAAAUGAUGAAGACACUACAGUAAACGAGAGUGACGAUGAUGAUGAUGAUGAAAUCGAUGAAGAUACAACAAUAAACGAUGAUGAAAAUCCUGAUGCCAAUGAUGAAAAGUCCAUUGAAAGUGGCAGUGAUGAAGAUGAUGAAGAAAUGGACGAAGGUAAUGAGAAUGAACAAGGCAUUGGCUGUGUGAAGGUCAUAGACAAUAUAGAGAUACCUGGACAUGUGGUGGUGAAGACUGGCAAGCCUCUGUAUGCUUUGAUCCUGACUCCCACUAGAGAACUGGCCAUACAGAUUAGCAGGCAUUUGAUAGCUGUUGCCAAAUACACAGGCAUAAGAAUAGCGACAAUCGUAGGCGGCAUGGCAGCCGUCAAACAAGAGAGGGUGCUCCGCUCAGGGCCCGAGGUGGUGGUGGCGACUCCCGGCAGGCUGUGGGAGCUGAUAUCGCAGGGCCAGCCGCAUUUGCAACAGCUGGACUGUGUUAAGUUCCUAGCCAUAGACGAGACAGACCGCAUGGUGGAGCGUAACCAUUUUGAAGAACUCGAGCCUCUACUAGAACGCCUCAACGCGGACGAAGAGCGAAGCAGAACGAGGCAGAACUUCGUGUUCUCUGCCACUCUCACUAUGGUUCAUGACCUGCCGGCGCAUAUGAGAGGAAAGAAGGUUACAAAAAGAGGCAAGAUAAUAAACAGAAAGGUCGAGAAGAUGACUCCGCAGCAGAAGAUCAAGCGGCUGGUGGCCAAGAUCGGCAUGACCGACCCUAAGGUCGUGGACAUCACCACUCAGAACUUAGGUACAGCAGAAACCUUAACGGAGAGCCGCAUAGCGUGUGCCAUAGAGCACAAAGACGCGUACCUCUACUACAUACUAAAGAGGCACCCUGGAAGGACCAUAGUGUUCUGCAACUCUAUAGGCAGCGUCAAGCGGCUGGCGCAGUUAUUCUCUAUGCUCAAGUGUCAUCCGCUGCCGUUACAUGCUAGCAUGCCUCAAAGGCAGCGCUUGAAGAACUUGGAAAAAUUCCGCGACGACCCGCACGGCGUUCUGAUAGCUACAGACGUAGCCGCUAGGGGACUGGACAUACCUGAUGUAGAUCACGUCAUACACUAUCAGGUCCCUAGGACUGCUGAGAACUACGUCCACCGCAGCGGGCGCACCGCGCGAGCCUGCAAGGAGGGGCUGACGAUCCUGAUGAUGGAGCCAUCGGAAGCCUUCCUGUACUCCAAGCUUUGCCGCACGCUCAAUAAGACAUCUGAAGUCCCUACCUUCCCUGUACCGCCACAACAACUGGCCCCACUGAAGGACCUAGUGUCAGUAGCGCGGGACCUAGACUCGCUGACGUUGCAACCACGACCGUCUGAAGUCCCUACCUUCCCGGUACCGCCACAACAACUGGCCCCACUGAAGGACCUAGUGUCAGUAGCGCGGGACCUAGACUCGCUGACGUUGCAACGGGCUUCGUCUGAAGUCCCUACCUUCCCGGUGCCGCCACAACAACUGGCCCCACUGAAGGACCUAGUGUCAGUAGCGCGGGACCUCCUAGACUCGCUAACUUUACUACCACGACCAUCUGAAGUCCCCACGUUCCCGGUGCCGCCACAACAACUGGCCCCACUGAAGGACCUAGUAUCAGUAGCGCGGGACCUAGACUCGCUGACGUUGCAACGAAGACGCGCGUCGCAAGCGGCGGGAUGGCGCGAGCGAGCUGCGAGGGAGAUGGACAUGAUCAUCGAUGAUGACGACUUACCAGUAAAGGAAGUUGACCCGUCCAUAGACAAGGCUCUGCAGGCGAAAAAGAGACAGCUAGAGUCUAUGCUCACUCGCCCUCUCUUUCCAAAGGGAUUCUCGUUCAAGUACCCUACGUUGAACGAUCCUGCGGUCUUCGCUUAUCCUGAGGAAAAUGCUUUACAGGUCAUGAAAAAAGCACUAGAAUCAGGAGAACUAAAGAAAGAGAAAAGGAAAAGUAAAAACUCAUCGUUGUUGAAAUUAUCAUUGUUUUUUUAUCAACAUGAAUUUGUCUACAAUAAACCCUUAAUUCGACGACACAGACCAGUAAAGGAAGUUGACCCGUCCAUAGACAAGGCUCUGCAGGCGAAAAAGAGACAGCUAGAGUCUAUGCUCACUCGCCCUCUCUUUCCAAAGGGAUUCUCGUUCAAGUACCCUACGUUGAACGAUCCUGCGGUCUUCGCUUAUCCUGAGGAAAAUGCUUUACAGGUCAUGAAAAAAGCACUAGAAUCAGGAGAACUAAAGAAAGAGAAAAGGAAAAGUAAAAACUCAUCGUUGUUGAAAUUACAAAAGAGGAAAUAAAUAUAUUUUUACACCUGAAUAA